AUGAGCGAUUAUUCUAGUGCUAAAUUUCUGAGUAAACAGAUGAAGGCAAGAGGACUUCAAAAAUUAAGAUUUUAUUGUCAAGUAUGUAUGAAGCAAUGUCGUGAUGAUAAUGGGUUCAAAUCACAUAUCAAAUCACCAUCGCACCUGAAGAAGAUAUCUCAAGUUACUACGGAAGAUAUUGACAAGUAUACAGCCCAAUUUGAAAGUGAUUUUUUGACUCUUUUAAGAGUAAAUCAUGGUGAAAAAUUAAUUGCUGCCAAUAAAGUUUAUAAUGAAUUCAUCCAAGAUAGGGAUCAUAUCCAUAUGAAUUCCACUCAAUUUACCUCAUUGAACAAAUUUAUCCAACAUUUAUCAAAGGAAGGUAAGAUUAGAAUACAAAAUCUUGAUGAUUUUGACAAGCCAGAGAAUAUCGAGAUGGGUAGUUUAUUAAUAAGUUAUGUGGAUACUUCAGGGAGCAACACAGUACGGAAACAACAACUUGAAGAUAUCGAGAAACUUGAAAAAGCAGAUCAAGAAGUAAAGAGUUACAUUUUACGAAAACAGAUUGAAGCCGGUCUCAAGGCAGCUAAAACCCAAAAUCAAGCCGAUACAUCGGAUACUGAAGGACUCACUGCAUUGAAGGUAGGAGACGAUAUAACCAUAGACCUAAAACCAUCUACGAAGAAGAACAAAGUACAUAAGAAGAUCAAAAGGAAACCAGCCAAGAAUAUGUUUGAUUGA